AUGUCCAUGUCCGGCAUGGCUGCACACGAGUGCGACAAGGAGAACUUGAAGCAGAGGCGCCAGGCGACACAUGACAACACAAUUCUUGCGCACUUCGACAUUCGAGACGAUACCACAGAAGAUUUCAUCUUGGAUUUGAUCAACUCUGAUCUUGUGUCGGCACAGGAGCUGGAGCUCCUUCGCAGUGCUGCUCUGACCGCCAGCAUCGACAAUGCUGAAGCUCUGAUAGAAUGCGCCAAGUCCAUGCAUCGGGACCGGGUACCUCAGCCCGGCCCUGGAUUCAGUGUAGACAUUCUGGAUGAUGUUGGGCGACUCCUCAGCUGUGUUCCAAAUGGCGAAGGAGUCAACGUUACCGUGCCGUGGUAUCAGACUGACCAGAUGAUUGCUCUUAUACGCCAGCAGCAAGACAAUCUCGGGGUUGCACAAGCUACAGCUUCCACAACUCCUACCACGCCUUCGCAUGAGACCAAGAAGCGCAAGACAAAGCCUUCUCCCAAAACUACGUCUCAUUUUUGGGUCAUGUCUGAUGGCAAUGGCGCUCUCCCGGCGCAGGACAUGUGUGCUCCUCAGUGCGUUGGAGAAGAUGCACCCUUGCAAUAUGCUCCUGCGUCACUUCCAAGCAUUCAGACGCCUCAGAGUUCCCAACUAGACAGAAGCCUGUCUAAUCUUGCUAGUGAGGUAGGGGCCUGGUACACCGAUCCAAAGCUCUCCCAUACCAUCGAGCGGUGCACUAUCGACCCUUUGGAGGUCGCCAGCCGGUUUGAUUACAAGACAGUCGCCGCAGGGCCUGGAUCCAGCUCACCAUACUUCAUUGACGCGAACGCGAAAGCAAAGACGAACCGGCCACCACCUGGUACGGUAUCGUGCGUGCCGUUCCCUCCGCUGGACAGGCCCGCCUUCGGCCUCGUCCAGGAGAAGGUCGCUCAUGAGCCCUUCUGGCUUCUAGUUGCCAUCACAUUUCUAAUCCGUACCAAAGGCUCCGCAGCUAUCCCCGCAUUCUGGGCCCUGAAGGAACGGUUCCCUUCGCCUAGCCUGAUUGCCGACCCUGUCAAUGAGGCUGAGAUCAUUGGCAUGAUUCGUCACCUGGGCCUGGCCAUGAAUCGGCUGAAGUACUUUCAGAAAUAUGCACGACUUUUCAUGGACAAUCCACCGCGAGCCGGCCAAGUGUACCGGGUACGGAAGUACGAUCGGAGAGACAUGGACGCUGGCGAGCUGGGGACAGGCCUUUAUGAGCGACCAAGAACCACAGCCGGCAUGCUCACGCCGCGCGCUGACCCAGCAGAUGAUGCUGAAGCUUGGGAAAUUGGACAUAUGACACAUGGUAAAUAUGCCCUUGACAGCUGGCGCAUUUUCUGCCGCGAUGUCCUGCUGGGUCGCGCACGGGGCUGGAAUGGCGAGGGAGCAGCACCUGAAUUCCAACCAGAGUGGAUGCGCGUCAAGCCUGACGACAAGGAGCUGCGUGCUUGUUUGCGAUGGAUGUGGAUGCGCGAGGGCUUUGAGUGGGAUCCUGUCACGGGCGACCGAAGUGUACUCCGUGGUGAGUUGCUACGAGCCGUGAACGAGCGACGGAUCGAGUACGACGACUCGGGCGGGUUGCGGAUCGUCCAUGAGCCACGACAGGACCGGGAUGGCCUCGACGAGGCGGCAUGA